CUUCCCUCCAGAAAGCAAAACUUGUAAAUGAGAGCGCUGUGCCAGACAGAGAGUAGGACAGUCUAGAGAAAUAGUUAGGGAAAUGUAUUUUACAUUUACAUUUGCACACCGUUUUUUAAGUUAUUUUAAUGAUAAUUUUGCAGUUAAAGGCAGUGGAGUUUAUUUAGUACAGAAAGUACAGAAAGUUCAGAUGUAUAGCCUGAAAGGAAACUGAAAUGUUCAGGGUCAACAAAAGAAAAGAACAGCUCCGGUAAACUAAAAUCCAGGUUGGCUAUAGUGGAGUGUUUGUUCAGUAACAGGAAAUAGUUUUGCCUGUCUGCCUUAUAAAUCUCAUUUCCUGACAUGAGGUUUGAACUUUGAGCUGCCGGCACCUUUUCAUGCUGAAACUUCUCACAUGUUGUGGUCAAACGGAGGAAAGCAAUGACCGAGCACCUGAUGAAAAUACUGAUUGUCGGAGAUGGAAAUGUUGGGAAAUCCUCCUUUGUACAUCGCUACGUCAAUGGACAGUUCAACAAGAUGUACAAGAUGACAGUGGGAGUGGAUUUUUCUGUGAAGCUGCUGCACUGGUCAGAUAAAGAAAAAGUCAGAGUGCAACUGUGGGAUGUCGCAGGCCAGGAGCGCUUCAUAUCCAUGAGCAGGAUCUAUUAUAAAGGUGCUUCAGGCUGUGUGAUCAUGUUUGACGUCAGUAGCUCUUCUAGCUUCCUCAGCUGUCGCCAUUGGAAACAGGACCUGGACAACAAGGCCAUGCUGCCCAACGGAGACCCGAUCCCCUGCAUCCUGCUGGCCAACAAGUGUGACCUUGCUCAGCGGGUUGUUUCAGCAGACAGCAUCAACAAGUUCAGUAAGGCCAACGGCUUCGUUACGUGGAUGGAGACUUCAGUCAAAGAAAACAAGAACGUUGGAGAGGCUAUGAGGAGGCUGGUUCAGGAGAUCCUGUCCACUAGGUCAAGUCUGGACUCAUUUCAACCAGGACCUCAAGACAGUGUUAAUCCACAGCUGGACUCUGAGGGCAGCAGCAGCAGAGGAGUGGGCUGUUGCUGAAACACUGCUGUCAUCUACAACAAAGUCAAACAAACACCAGGACCUGCUCAUUAGUUUGCACCCCUGAGUUGUCUGAGGUGCCACUGAGCAAGGCACUUAACCUUCAGUUCUUAUUGAGGCUGUUGGUAUCCAGCAGUAGAAGAGGACAGAUGAAGGAUCUGGAUCUGAAGAGGAACGUUCACUUUCUAAAUGGACACUAACACUACAUUUUUCAAGCAUCACAUUAAAAAGACAAUGUACAAUUAAAAAUCCUCAGUGAGGAUGGUUUUUCUGGGGUUAAUUACCAGAGUUUUACUGUCACAAUGCCAAAAUCAGGAUAUCUAAACUUUAUCCUUUUUGUGACCCCAGUUUUUGGGACAAUCAAUCAUUAGAUUAAAGAUAGUGAAUCCAA